UUCUGUUGGGUUCUGAUUAGACUCUCUCAGAAGACACCUUCGGGUUCCAAGAUUGAUCUGGGUGGUAUCACGAAGAUGUUCCAGUUCUUUCCAGCCACCUCAUAGAACACACAGUGCGGACAUUCAAUGAGAACCAGACAACAUUGUGAUCAUUAAGAACACCAAGGCCAGGCAGCAGAGGACCACAGACAUCAGCCCCCUGCAUCAUGGACGAAGCUGACUUUUCAGAAGACACAACCUAUAAACAACAAGAGGACUUGCCUUAUGACGGGGACUUCUCUCAGAUGAAGAUGUAUAGUUCUUACAACUUUACCUCAACAAACGACACCAUGGCUGUCUCAGAAGACGUUGUUCUGUCAGGAGAAGAGCCCCAGGAAAAGGCUGCGCGCUGUGAGAUGUGCCAGAACACAGCUAUAGUCAUGAUCUCUGAUAAGAUCACUAAAAGUAUUGUCAAUGACAGGCGCGAUAAAGAUAAACAGUGUGCCUUGGCUCCUGGUGUUCCAGCUAAUAAAGGAGAUGCCUCAAAGUCACACAUUUCGGAUAUUUUACUCCAUCAUCUCUCCAGGGAGCACUUCUCGAGGGGGCAAGGCAUUGGCUAUGAAACUCUCCCAAAGACCUUGAAUGCUAACAGUCUUGGUGACACAGCUAUUCUUACAAAUGUCAUUUCAUGUUAUGUGAAGAAUUAUUCCUCCGAAGAACAAACCCCAGUAUUCACUGACCAACCCAGUCCCAAAAGUGGUGCAGAAAAUAGCAGUAAGCCCCGUUUCUCUCCAGGCCCAUCAGGAGAAAGCAUCUCUCCUUCAGGAGAACCUGUGGCUACCCUGCAGAGCAGUCAUCAAGCAGAUCCAAGCUUUCUAGGUAGAACUAAAGGUCCAGAUGACAAACAACAGAACUGCCCAGGGCAGACACCCCAGCCGACUGAAAAAGCAAGUUCAGGUACCAGGUUCAAAUAUGGCUAUGCUCAAGUGCAUUACCAGCUUCCAGACUUCUCUAAGGUUGCUCCCAAAGUGAAAAUCCCUAGAAACGCCAUAACUAAUAAACCAUUUACAAUAGCUAACCAAGCCAGCUGUUCUCCUAGGUUGAGAAAUAAAUCAACAGUUGUGCAAGACAAUUUAGAAACCAUGUCUGGGCCAAAUUGUGUUCAAAAGCAACCAGAGCAAAAAAGGAAAUUUACUGAACCUUCACAACAAACCCAGAUGGAGCCUGCCACACACACCCACCAAGAAGCUCUCACAGGAAUUGAUUCUGAGAAAUGUCACUUGAAGUCGACCCCAACAACCCAGAAAGAUUCUUCCCCAAAUUCUUACAUAUUUCAAAAGAUCUUCCAAGGAAAACAGAUGUGUCAGAAACUGAAAGAACAGACUGACCAACUGAAGACUAAGGUACAAGACUUUUCCAGAAGAAUAAAACAGGACUCUCUCUGUCAUUUGCAAGACAAAAGACUGAUGACCAAGGAGCACACUGGCUGUCUUCCGGGACCCUGGAGCUCAAGAAGUGGGGUGACAGGGCUGCCAAGGGCAGGGCCAGAGGAGGUCACCUCCAAGGAGCUCAGUGAGCUGGCCCCCAAGAUGAAACAGAAAAUGGAGAAAGGGACCCUCAGAAGGACCCACUGUGGAAAGUUUUCCAUUGGCACCCAUGUAAAAACACUGGGCCAAGAUUCACCUCUCGGUUCUGACCCGGGGUCCAGCUUCCCUCCUGAUGCAGGCACUGGACUACAGAGUGACAAAUGUGAGGACAGUGGCAGUAAGACUCAGAACUCCCAGAGAGUCUACAACAAAGAACCAGCAAAAGAAUUCCAUUAUAGAUAUGACACUCCAGGGCAGGAUGACUUAAAUCACAAUGGAGGAUAUACCUCUGCCCAGUCCCACUUCUUACAUGGAAAUAAAAUGUCUUCAUCUUCUUGUUCAACAUCAAAGUGGACCUGUUCCCAGAGUGUCAACUCAGAACCCUUUCAAGAUGAGCACCAUUCCACGACAGGAAAACAUCCCAAGACUUAUCUGACCUGUAACACAGACCCUACAACACCCUCACCCCACCUCCAUUUCCUCAGGAUUCCUGGAAUCCAAUCCUUAUGUGAUGGGAAUAGCGUGGAAGAGAUGGAAUCUAAGAUUUUAAACUCGGCUUUGGAUCAUGCCUUAAAGACAGCAACCAUAUUGAAAAAAACCACUGACCAAAUGAUUAAAUCCAUUGCAGAAGACCUCGCCAAAGCACAGCGAUGGAGGUACCAGCCAAAACACUGCUAACACCAGCUAGGGUGACCAAGGGUUAAAAUGUCUGGUCUUCUUCUCCAAAGCAUUUUACUUAGGGCACAAUGUAGGAAGAUGGCCUUCUAGAGAAAACACUAAAACUGUAAGAAAUGAGCCACAUGAAGUGUUUAAAUGAAACAAAACAAAAACAAAAAACAAACAGCCCUCUGGCAUUUAUGUAUUUAUGUGAAGAAAAUA